CUGGCCGGAGCCUGCCCGAGCCAAGCCCGUAUGCCCCGCUGCCCGCUUCCCCUAGCUCCCCUCGAGUUCCCUCCCGCGCCUGACCGCGCCGGCCGGACCUCCUGCACCUUGCCUCGCCGCCGGCGACUGGACCCUUGCCGGACCAUGCAUCUCUCCCCCCUUCCUUCUUCUCUCUUCCUCAAAUCUCCCUCUCUUCAGGACGCCAGGAGCUCCACAGCCGCCGCCACAAGUCGUCCGUGCUCGAAUCCGGCGAGAUCCGGCCGCGAGCAACCCAUCCCCAAUGCUCCCGCGCUAGAUCUGCACUGCCCUCGCCAUCCCAGACGGAGUUUGCCUCCAGCGCCGCCGUAAACCACCUCCUACCUCUGCCCUCGUUCACGGCUCCCCUCCACCAACUGGUCGGGACCUCGCGGGAGGCAGAGGAUGGGGUGCAGCGCUUGCGUUCGGCUCCGGAGCUCGAGCGGGCCGAUCUGCGCAGAGGCAGAGUAUGGGAUGGUGUGCUGUGCUCGAGACGAGGGGGCUCGAGUAAGGGGAUUGGAGGGUGGCGCCGGCGGGAUCGCGGACGGGGAUGGAGAGGGCAGGUGCCAGCAAGAUCGAGUCCGGGGAUGGAGAGGGAGGGGGUCGGCGAGCGGGAGGUUGAGGAUGGGAAGAGGCAGCGCUGCCGGCGGCCACGAGUAGAGGAGGGCACGCAUCUCCUCUCGCCACGUGUAGAUACAGAAGGGCUGGUUCUAUUGCUAGAUGUCGGCCCGUCGAUGCACCGGGAGCUGCAGGAAGUCGAGAAUGUCUGCACCACCCUUGUGCGCAAGAAGCUGGUUUUUCAUAGGAGCAACUAGGUUGACCUCCACACUGCUCCAUUUGGCCAUCAUCUCGCCGUUCUGCUGACCGGGAGUCUACGUUCGAAUUACUCACACAUACUUGCUCCAAGUAACAGUAAUUACCUCUUUAGUUGAUCUCGGUUGGUUUAUUUAGGAUUUUUGUCUUGAUCAUCUUCCUCCGAUAUAACAGUCUUAUAUGAAGAAACAUUAAUUAAGAUUUCCUCCUGGUUGUGGUGUUAAAAAGCAUAGAUAUCUAGCAAUCUUUUUUGCAUUGUGGUGUGCUACAGAUCGAUUAGGUUAACUUACAACCGGUAGUAGAGCAAAUUGUCAUUGUUCUUUGUGCGCAAAAUUACCAUCUACCAA